AUGGGCGUGACGGGUUUCCCCGUCUUUGAGACCCUCCACUUCUCUGAGCCAGAGCCCUUCCCUGGACCUCUCAGAUGGGGCCAGGCUCUGGCUGCAAUGCCCACCCUCCUUCCCAGAAAAGGGGAGAAGCCGAGGGGCCCCAGGGCACCCUCUGACGGCUCCUUUAAGGAGAAGCCCCCGCCCCCACCAAGCCAGCCGCGCCCCGCCGUCAAGUUUACGGGGCGGAUCGGCCACUGGGGAUUCCUCAGUCUUCUUACUCCACAGAUCUCCAACCCACCCCCAGCAGUGCCCAAGCCCACACCCUCCUCCCUCCAGAGAGCCCCCAACUCAGGGAGGACUUCUGUCUCCUUUAAGAUAGAACAAGGCCCCAGCUCCUUUCCCUGCAGCUUGAAGCCUGACCCCUUCCCCAGGACUCGGGGCCCCGAGGCCGAGGGGAGUCUGGCAGGUGUGCAGAGGCGGGGUCCCAGGUCCCCGGCCCUACCCUCCCACCCGCCCCGCCCUCACCGCCUCCGCGGCGCCGACCCCGGCCCAGGCCGCUUUGUCCCGCCGAGGGCGCGGAGCCGCCGCCGCCCUACAAAGCUGCCUUUGUGCCCGGCGGCCUCCGCAGGACCCGAUGACGUCAGCCUCCGCGACCCGCCCGGCGGGGCCCAGCACGGGCUGCUUCGCCCUCUGGCGGCCGAAGGCGGAAGAGCUCGCCUGGGAGCCCCGCCCAGCAGAGGAGGGCCUUUUACCGAGCCCUUCCCACAGGCUCAGAGGGCUGCAGACCCCUAG